GCAAGGAACGCACACACACACAGAGCAGCGCUGAGCAUCGCCGAGCAACACAGAGCUCUAUCCUCCUGCGGACGCUCACACACACGAGCCGGCGGCUUCUCCCCUCCAACCGUGCCUCUGUGUGCACAUCACAGCAUGAAUAUUUAUUUCAAUUUGAGAGGGACAGUUAAGAGGCCAGUAGCAGAGGACAGAGCUGUUCCAGAGGCAGCAAUGAACCCGCCACGCCGAUCAUCAAGUUCCCAUGAUGUCAGGCCCUCCACUGAGUCCCUGCAGAUGAACAACAGCAGCAACUCUGGUGUUAUUCUGGACAUCUCGGCUCUCAAGAUGGCGGAGGUGGAUUCAGAGGUGCCUCCACUUCCACCGCGCUACCGCUUCAGGGACCUGCUUCUGGGAGACCAGACAUUUCCGAAUGAUGACAGGGUGCAGGUGGAGUUCUACGUGAAUGAAAACACCCUCAAGGAGAGGCUGAAGCUUUUCUUCAUCAAAAACCAAAGGUCAAGCCUGAGAAUUCGCCUGUUCAACUUCUCUCUGAAGAUUCUCACCUGUGUCCUGUACAUUGUGAGAGUGUGCCUGGAUAACCCCAAGGAGGUCAACUACAACCCAUGCAGCACAAUAUGUCUCAACACGAGUUGGACCAAUACAGCAGAGUCGGAACACAUCAAUUGGGAUCUGAUUUUCUGGGUGCAGAGACGGGAGUCUCUUUGGGCGAUACAGGUGACAGUGGCCUUAAUCGGUUUCUUGGAGACCAUGCUUAUCACAUAUCUCAGCUACAAGGGGAACAUUUGGGAGCAGAUCUUCAAGAUAUGCUUCAUAUUGGAGAUGAUCAAUACAGUGCCAUUCAUAAUCACCAUUUUCUGGUGUCCAUUGAGAAACAUAUUCGUCCCUGUGUUUCUUAAUUGCUGGCUUGCCAAAGGUGCCCUGGAGAACAUGAUCAAUGAUUUCCAUCGAGCCAUCCAGAGGACCCACUCUGCCAUGUUCAACCAGGUGGUCAUCCUCAUCUGCACCUUACUGUGUCUGGUUUUCACUGGAGCUUGUGGGAUCCAGCACCUCGAGCGAGGGGCUGAGAAGACCCUGUCUAUUUUUGACGCGUUAUAUUUCUGCAUCGUCACCUUCUCCACUGUGGGCUACGGGGACGUCACGCCAAAGAUCUGGCCGUCCCAGCUGUUGGUGGUCAUCCUCAUCUGCGUUGCCCUGGUGGUGCUCCCACUGCAGUUUGAAGAGCUAGCCUACCUGUGGAUGGAGAGACAGAAGUUGGGGGGGAACUACAGCCGCCACCGGGCCCAGACGGAGAAGCACGUGGUGUUGUGUGUGAGCUCGCUGAAGAUCGACCUGCUGAUGGAUUUCCUUAACGAGUUCUACGCUCAUCCCAGACUUCAGGACUAUUACGUGGUGAUUCUGUGUCCGACAGAGAUCGACCUUCAGGUUCGUCGCAUCCUCCAAAUCCCUCUGUGGUCCCAGAGGGUCAUCUACCUGCAAGGAUCCGCCCUCAAAGACCAGGACCUCAUGAGGGCCAAAAUGGAUGACGCUGAAGCCUGCUUCAUCCUCAGCAGCAGGAACGAAGUCGACCGAACUGCUGCUGAUCACCAGACUAUUUUAAGGGCCUGGGCUGCAAAGGACUUUGCUCCCAACUGUCCCCUCUACGUCCAGAUUCUCAAACCAGAAAACAAAUUCCACGUCAAGUUUGCUGAUCAUGUAGUUUGUGAAGAGGAGUUCAAAUAUGCCAUGUUGGCGCUCAACUGUGUGUGUCCGGCCACGUCCACCUUAGUCACUCUCUUGGUUCACACCUCCAGGGGACAGGAGGGGCAGCUGUCACCCGAGAACUGGCAGAAGAUGUAUGGGCGCUGCUCGGGGAACGAGGUCUACCACAUCCGUUUGUGUGACAGCAAGUUUUUUGGGGAGUAUGAUGGAAAAAGCUUCACCUACGCCUCCUUCCACGCACAUAAGAAGUAUGGUGUGUGUUUGAUCGGCGUGAAGAGGGAGGACAACAAGAGCAUCCUCCUCAACCCCGGCCCCCGCCACAUCAUGGCCGCCGCGGACACCUGCUACUACAUCAACAUCACCAAGGAGGAGAACUCCGCCUUCAUCUUCAAACAGGAGGAGAAGCACAGCAAAGGUCUGUCGGUCUCCGGCCUCUACGACGCCCCCUCCAGGCUGCCCGUGCACAGCAUCAUCGCCAGCAUGGUUGAUCAGGCCACUUCAUAUGGAACCGUAGCCAUCGACCUCCAGAACCCCGAUCCGCCCGAGGAAAUCAGUAAGCUGACUUUGCCGACGGAGAACGGAGACGGAAGCCGCAGGCCGAGCAUCGCCCCGGUCCUCGAGAUCGCCGACUCCUCCGCCAUUCUGCCCUGCGACCUCCUCAGCGACCAAUCAGAGGAUGAGACCAACCAGUCAGACGAGGAGGGCUCUGUCGGGUCAGAUUUUGUGAAGGGCUACCCUCCGAACUCGCCCUACAUCGGCAGCUCUCCCACCCUGUGCCACCUCCUGCCACAGAAGGCUCCGUUCUGCUGCCUUCGCCUCGACAAGGGCUGCACACAUAGCAGCUUCGUGGACGCUAAAGCAUACGGCUUCAAGAACAAGCUGAUCAUAGUGUCCGCUGAGAUGGCGGGAAACGGCCUCUACAACUUCAUUGUCCCCCUGCGUGCGUACUAUCGGCCCAGGAAGGAGCUCAACCCCAUAGUGCUGCUGCUGGAUAACGCGCCAGACAACCACUUCUUAGAGGCCAUUUGCUGCUUUCCAAUGGUUUACUUCAUGGCUGGCACCAUCGAUAACCUGGACAACCUGCUGCAGUGUGGGAUCAUCUACGCCGACAACUUGGUGGUUGUGGAUAAAGAGAGCACCAUGUGCGCUGAGGAGGACUACAUGGCCGACGCCAAGACCAUCGUCAACGUCCAGACUAUGUUCAGGUUGUUCCCCAGCCUCAGCAUCAUCACUGAGCUCACGCACCCGUCCAACAUGAGGUUCAUGCAGUUCAGAGCCAAGGACUGCUACUCACUCGCUCUCUCCAAGCUGGAGAAGAUAGAGCGAGAUAAGGGCUCCAACCUGGCCUUCAUGUUCCGCCUGCCGUUUGCUGCAGGCAGGGUUUUCAGUAUCAGCAUGUUGGAUACGCUGCUCUACCAGUCAUUUGUUAAGGACUACAUGAUCGGCAUCGCGAGGCUCCUGCUCGGUCUGGACACGACGCCUGGCUCUGGGUACCUGUGUGUCAUGAAGAUCACUGAGGAGGAUCUGUGGAUCAGGACUUAUGGAAGACUCUUCCAGAAACUGUGCUCCUCCAGCGCUGAGAUCCCCAUCGGGAUUUACCGCACCGAGGCGCACAUGUUCUCAACCUCAGAGAGCAAGGACAGUUAUGCACAGUCUCAGGUGUCCAUCAACGUGGAGCACGGCGAGGAGCAACGGGAGCGCAGAGAUAUCUGGAAGGAGAAGGUGGCCCACAGGAACUCCACCACCAGCGACCAAUCGGAGCACCCGCUGCUGAGGAAGAAGAGCAUGCAGUGGGCGCGGCGUCUGAGCAGGAAGAGCGCCAAGCCGCCGAGUCGGACCGAGCGCAUCUCGCAGCAGAGACUCAACCUGUACCGACGCUCGGAGCGGCAGGAGCUGUCCGAGCUGGUCAAGAAUCGCAUGAAGCACCUGGGCCUGCCCACCGUCGGAUACGACGAGAUGAACGACCACCAGAACACGCUGUCGUACGUCCUCAUCAAUCCUCCUCCCGACACCACGCUGGAGCUCAACGACAUCGUGUACAUUAUCCGGUCCGACCCGCUGGCCCACAUGCCAGAGGACUCGCAGGUGGGGCAGCCUCGAGGCGCCAGGAACCAACAGGAGUUUGGCACCGAGACGAGAGAUGAGACUCACCUCUGAAGCCCCCUCAGCGCUCCACACUCUGACCCUCAACCCUCUCAGCUCCACCCGGGCCGGACGGAGCUCGUUUGUCUCACCAAGAUGAAGGCUUGUCUCGGGCCGAGAACGAGCGUCCGCAGUGAAUGUGCAUUAGGUGUCUCUCUCAGCCUCGGACCUGGAAGCAAGGAAUAUUUGAAGAGACUGUGCUGAGAGACCUGCUGGUUCCCCACUGAGCUGCUACAGGAGGAUGCAUGAAGAGUGCCUCGUCAUCGACCCCGACUCCCCUCGCACGCCCACGGAACGAGCAUGCGUCACGCCCUCGCCAAACCAUCUGAGAAGCAGGCACCGCUAACGACUCCCCAACCAGAACUGCGAUCGAUGUUGUGAGAGGUGUCAAAGUUUUUGAGGGGGUUUUCCCCUCAUGCACACAACAUCCUUUAAAAUCAUCACUUCACUCAUGCUUUUCUCAAGUGGGGGGGGUUUCCCUUGUGUCCACUUCCUCUACGCCUGUUUCUACCUAAACUCGCAAAAGAACCAAAUCUCGGGGGAUUCACACCCAGGGAUUAAAGGUGUUUGUGCUACAAAAGACUUCUGCCGUUUAGUUAAAAAGAUAAACAUAGGAUUUAACUUUAAACGACAAAACCCUGUGAUUAGUCGUUUGGGCGAAAUACAGGUUUGUCGCUCAAGUUGUCUUAUGUUGUGCUUUACCCUUGUUAUGUCAGUAGAUGGCGCUAAUCAGCUGGGAAUUUGUGAGCGACUGGGGUUAGUGGGUACGAUUCUCGUAAAGCAAAUUACCGGUAGAAAUUACACGCAACGUGCAGGUUAGAGAUCAAGUUAAAUCUUAACAAAACAAAUUUACAAAUGGAACGCACAACUGUAAAAUGUUUUUCGUUUAAAUGGCGUCAAAAGGAAACGUGACAGUAAAUCUGCUGUUUCAUUUCUUUUUAUUCCCUCUUUCUUUCUUUGGGCUUUAAUCCCUGUCCACCCUCCUGCACAGCUUCAGUCAGGUUUUACAAAGAGAAACAUUCUUUCAUUCACCCUGAGGUCAUAGCACAUAUGAACUUUCGUUUGGUUUUUAUUCUCUUUAUCUGACGGGACUUUCAUUGUCGUUCUGAGCACAAACUUUUUAACGACACAUAAUCAUCUAUGAAUAUAUAACACUUAUAUCAACCAUAUUACAUCAUCCUUUUCACUGUUGUGUCUUUGGAAACUGAACUUUUUCUCGUCGUUGUUGUUGAAAAGUGAUUAUUGUUAAUUUAUUCCAUCAUUUACAAUUAUUUUUAAUCAUAUCUGCUGCGCUGUUUGUGCCAUUUCCUUUUCACUUGAUUUAUUAUAUUUUAACAUUAUGUAUUUUAAAAGAAAUAGCACAUUACCAUUAUGUGCCACUCUGCAUCUAUGUCGUGAUGUCGGUGUUUAUUUUGAAGCCUGACCGAUACAUGAUACAUGCAGCUGCAUGAGAGAAAUCUCAAAAUAUUACCAGGUUAUAAGAGAUAAAUGUAUACAGAAUAUAUAUAUAUAUAUAUAUAUAUAUAAAGCUUAAGGCUCUUAUUUUGAAACAGGAGACAGGAAGGAAUCUUGUUAAAUCGUCACGGUCAUCAUCACAAGCAUGAUUGGUUGGAAAGACAUCAUGUGAGAAGAGAUGCGUAAAUACAGACGUGAUCCAUAUUUCAUUAUCCAGAUAACAACUUAUAAUACUGUCAUGAAAUGAUCAAAUUAUCGUACAAUGUGUAUUAUUGAUCGGUCGGAAAAAUGAUCGUGCAAAAACGAACAUUAUCGUACAACUGGCAGCCGUGAGAGGAGUUAAAAAAUACGUAAACUGACAUUUUCAUCAAUCAUGGAAUAUGUCAGUAUCGACCUGAAGGAAAUCUAGUAUCGGUCAGGUGCUAGUAUUUGUUUAUUUAUUCCUUUGAAGUCAAUGGUGCAUAUUAAUUUGAUCUUUCAGUUUUAUAGCUCUCAUCAUGUUGCAGCAGGAGCAGUAGCAGAACAGUUUUGCACAAAUACUGACACCGGCACACUUACGUCUAUUUUUAUCUUGUAAUCGACUGUCAGGUCCAAAAGUCUGACACCACCUGACCCACUCUAUUUCCAAAAAUGUAUUUGGAACGUGCUCGAGCUGAAAAUGAAGUGCUCUCCUUUUCCAGAUUGUACAGGUCACACUCCAUGUGCAGUGUUUAUGUUUCUUUUGAUCACUUGUCAGCUGCAGGUUUUAGUUCGAUCACUGUAAAUAGUAACUUUAUAUAUUCAUCGCUUGUUCAUCGUGUGUUGUUCUGUUUCCGUCUGUGACUCCGUGUGAUAACGAGUGAAGGAGGACUUGAACUAUGUUUGCACUAAGCUCUGCGAGGAAGUCGAGAGCAAAAGAGCAUGACCCUUUAAUCUGAAUCUGUGCAACACCGCCGACAGUAUUCAACCAUUCCAGUGAAGCUGAGACGUUGCGACUUCUGUCGAUUUGAAUUAUCUUGCAAUUCUUUGCAAACUUACUCUGUGCCAUUUUUAUUUUUUGUAUGUCUAACAAAUAUCAAGUGGUUGUCAGGGUGAAGAAAUCUGGGAUCGGCAAAAGUUUAUUUAAUGUUUUACAAUGUAUUUUGCGAAGAUUCCAGUUAGAGUGAACUCUUUGCUCGGUAGCCCCCCCUACAGGAGAGUCAGUUUACAGGGCAGGAGAGCUGAGGAGUGGAAGUGUGAGCGACCAGUGCUGGAUACGAUCGGCGUGUGAAUCCCGUCAUUUAGCGUCUUCCCGGGUCCUCGCUCCACAAAGAAAUCACUUCGGACCUCCUGCUGUCAUACUCGCAAACAACCACAAGGGGCAUGUAAACACUAAAAAGCAUGUUUUGAUAUACGAGCUUGCCAAGAAUGAAACAUUUUGUACAUUUAGCCGGAGAUGUCCCGUGAUGUCCCGUCGCUAGAGAAACCCAUAAUCGAGUCAACUGCUUGCAAGUUGCAGCCAUUAUUUGAUACUGUGUAUUUAUAUGAAUGGAACAUGCAUGUCGUCUCGGUGUUACCUCCAGUUUAUGAUUUCGAGUCAUUGUCAAAAGAGGAGUUUGAUCCAUUUUGUACGAUUUCUUAUGAGAAGCGAGUUCACUUCUCCACGUAUGAAACAUGAACAAAUAAAUGCUGCAUGCAGCCAGAUCCAA